AUUUCUGAGUGAUUUCUAUUUUCUUUCUGCAAUCUGCACAGAUUAAUAUGAUUGAUUAUUGAUUGGGCUGAUUUCUCAUUUCAGAGUCUCUUCUCUUUUUUUCUAUUGAUAAUUUUUCUUUGCAAUUUGCAUCGCAUCAUUCAUGGUGUUUUCUCAAUUUUGCGCACUGUUGGUUAUUUGAAUUCUUAACAGAACUUUCCACUUUUCUCGAGAACAAGGAGACUUGCAAAAUGCCGAAACCGAAGCCUAAUGCCUAUUACUACUUCAUGAUUGACUUCAGAGAAGAACAACGCAAAGUCUACAAUAUCGUUUACAGAAACAUGCAAGAAGUUAAUGAAGCGGCAGCUGCUCACUGGAAGGCCGCGGCACCAGCGGUAAGGAACAAAUAUGAGACUAAAGCCAAGAUCGAAAAACAAAAGUUUUCAGGCCCCCAACACAAGUACACCACAGAUGGACGUACAUACGCUGAAAUAGAACAAGAGAAGAAUGAGAAAAUAGAAGCAGAAGAAAUCGAAAGAGCAGAUAUUAUGAAUAUGAUACAAUGUGGAAGAGAGGAGUUGAAGGAUAAAGAAUUUAUCCUAAUGGACGUCAAUGUAUUAUGUGCGGUUCAUAAGGUUUGCCUGAUCGGCGAGUGCGCACUGUUGAAAUUCAGCAUCAAAAAAGGCAUUGAAGCCUGCCACAAUAUAGUUAUAAAUGCUGUUCCAAUACCGAUCGGUUACACAUCCGAUGUGAAGAUCUCCUGUCAGGAGUUGGGGCUGAACAUGCCGGACGAGACCCUCGCGAGGCCCAAUUAUAUGGAGUACCUGGCGACCAUCAUUGACUUCAUCAAUAAGGACAGAUCCAACAACCUGCCCCCAAUAUUCACCUUGGAGGACAAGGUCGCUCCGGUCAUGAGCUUCAUCUCACAGAUGUGCAGAAAAGCAGGUGAAGACGAAUGUCUUUUCCGUGUGUACAAGCUGGAGACUCUGUUCUUCCAAAUGGGGAACUGCCUGAAGCCCGGCAGCUUCCCCAAGGAGUCGCUGGUACGCACCAUGUUCCAGAAGGACUCCUUCAGUAGCACACCAGAUAUAUGCUGUGAGCACCACGAUGGCCACGAACGGGAGGAGCAGUGCACCGCGGCGCGCACCAAGCGGUGGGCCUACACCGUGCUGGACUGCUGCUGCCCCUGGGGGGACGUCGUGAUGGAGGCGAACAAGCACGCUCCUGCCAACUACGACUUGGAGGGCAUAAGUGCCUUCCAGGAGGAAAAACAGAUUCGAAAUGCCCCCAGUGUCGCUGCUGCGUGCGUGUCAGGACUUAAUCUCGGGGCAAAACCAAGCAGACCUGUUGUCAAUAAAGACGAUGAUGGCUUCACUCAAGUGACUUAUAAAAAGCACACAGCCCUGCGGCUGCCGACGGGCAACUUUGGCAAUGUCGCCCCCGAGGCGCCUGAUAUUGACGAGGAAGGAACUACACCUUUUGCCGGAGAAACUCCCAAACUGGGCAAGUUUGUCGCUCUGAGAAGUGCUGACAAAAAUCAAAAGUAAUUUGAAGUGGUAGGUGGUGACAGCUGUCAGUUUUUUUUUAAAUUUAAACUAUCGUGAGUGUAGUAGUAGUAGUAGUGUAUUGUAGUUUAUAUCGAAAUAUGCCCAGAUAUAUUCGAACCCAUACGGGGUUCUUAAUCAGGAGCUGGUUUGGCUCACGCAGAAUAAAGUAAUAAGGUUUUUUUCUAAUACAGUACAGAUUGCUAAAAAUUUGUUGUACUUGUAAUCGAGUAGGCCUAACAUGCUACCCACGACAUGAAUCUUUUGAAGAGAAAAAGACAGCCUUUCGUACUAUCGCAUCGGAAGAGAGACAAAAUGUCAUAUUGGUCGUUAAAGUUGUCAUUUCGUCAUCACCAAAUGUCGUGUCUCGCACGUUAAGCGUACUGAAUUUUUAUUAACCGACUUGCUAAAAGGAGGAUCUACGUUCGGCUGUAUGUAUGCUUUUGUUUGUAUUUUUUAUUUGUUUAAUUUAAAAAAAAAAUGAGGGGGGGGGUUGAGCUUCGGUGAAUAAGGAUGAUGACAGAUUUGUAAAUUAUAUAUAAAUUAGAGUAUGCUAAUAGUAAAACUAUUUUAUAGAAGUAACAGGGUAUAUACGGUUAUAAUAAAAUAAAUAUCGGAUUAUAAUAAAUAUCGGAGCUACAGGGAUUAAAGGGGCAAAAAAAAACACUGCAUAUUAGAAGGCCUACUAAAAAGUAUUUAUCUAUUAAGAUUUAUUUUACACACAACAAUAUGUAUUAAAAAUAAAUAUAUUCAAACCUAGUCAUCAUCCACAUGUAUGAAGACUAAAAUAUAUUGUAUUUUAGUCUUCAUACAUUUUAUAGGAAAAUAAUAAUACGAAAUUUCAUGCUCAUAAUCUGUCACUUGCACCGUCCUGGGCAAGAGGCGUUCAACACACAAUAUUGUGAUUUAAAAUAAUUUCCGACUACCUCAUUCCGUGAAAGAUUUUUUAUUCCUUUUGUAAAAUAUCUUUAUAAGUUUCAAUUUAACUUUAGUCCAAUUACGACAUUAGUCUUCAUACAUUUUAUAGGAAAAUAAUACGAAUCUUCAUGCUCAAAAUGUGUCAACCGCAGCAUACUACGAGUGCAUUGAAUACCCAAUAUUGUGGUUUAAAAUAAUUGCCGAUUGCGUCAUUCGUGAAAGACUAUAUUCCUUUUGUAAAAUAUGUUUAAAAGUUUUCAAUAAUUUAUCUUAAGUCCAAUUAUGACAUUUGUCUUCAUACAUUUUCUAGGAAAAUAAUACGAAUCUUCUGAAUACUUGCGCGAGAUCUUCAUGUUCAAGAUUUGUCACCCGCACUGUCCUAAGAAUGUGUUGGACACACAAUAUUGUGAUUUAAAAUAUUGCGUCCUUCUUGAAAGACUUUUUAUUCCUUUUGUAAAAUAUGUAAAAGAAUUAUCGAUUUAUUUUAAGUCAACUCUAUUGUGACAUUAGUCUUCAUACAUUUUAUAAGAAAAUAAUACGAAACUUCUGAAUACUUGCGUGAGAUCUGUCACCCGCACCGUCCUAAGAAUGCAUUCAACACAAAAUAUUAUGCAAAAUAAUUGCCGAUUGCGUCAUUCGUGGAUAAUACAUAUGUGUGGUAUGUGUUUUUAUUCCUUUUGUAGAAUAUGUAAAAGAUAUAUGUAUAGUCUUCAUACACUUUAUAGGAAAAUAACACGAAACUUCAUACGCGAGUUCUGUCAACCGCAUCGUCCUACGAGUAUUUAAAAUAAUUGUCGACUGCGUGAAAGAUAUUAUAAUGUAUUUGUUUUUUCCUUUUGUAAAAUAUGUAUACAAAUAUAUAUUUUCGAUUUACCUAUUUUAAGUCAAAUUACUGUGAUUUAAGGAAUUUCAGACUGCGUAUGUUUUUCUUUCUAAUGUGUAAGUGAAAUUAGUGUGAUUUAAAAUGAUUGUAGACGACAUUCGUGAAAGUUUGUUUUUUUUUCUAAUUUCAAGUUAUUCGUUUGAACAUUGGAAUUGUAAUGCCACGAUAGUUGAUUACUGAAUUUAAAAAGUAUAGUUGAUUAUGUAUUUGAUUGUUUUAGUGUAAUUACUAUAAAAAGUCUCAGAUAUUUUCGUUACAUUUCAUUGUAAUUACUAAAUAUCGUUUAAGAUGAAAAUUACUUUUUUGUUCCUCACGUAAUGUAUAAAAAUAGACGUUUUUAUAUUUCUUUAUAAUUAUACGUUUUUAUAUUUAGCUAAGAAGAUGUUGUAGUGAUAACGUAAAAGAGAAAAAAAAUAUUAUUAAAACUUUUUUUUUUAAUGGCGCUGUUCCAUUGGCGCUCGACUACGCUUGCGAAGUCCUUGCGUAUAGCUUGGCAACUUCGUUCGUAACACUCACUGCUGCGCGCGGGGCGGGGGUGUGUAGCAAGAAUGAAAAGCCCACGACUGAUGCACGUCACUUCUCCGCACGCACGAUUUCACGCCCACGCAGUCUUUCGUAUAACAUGCGAGUGUUAUCAACAAACUUGCCAGACUAUAGUUUAGGUGUACUGGUUAGAAAAGGCUGCCAUUUAUAUCCAAUGACAAAUAUAUCCGAACAGCUAAUAUUUGCUGAAAUUCUAAAUUGCUAAACCGAGCUAAAUAUAAUCUAGGUAGCUAAAAUAAAGAUAACUCCGUGGCGCAGUGGUAUGCGCGGUGGAUUUACAAAACGGAGGUCCUGGGUUCGAGACCCGGCUGGGCAGAUUGAGAUUUUCUUAAUUAGUCCAGGUCUGGCUGGUGGGAGGCUUCGGCCGUGGCUAGUUACCACCCUACCGGCAAAGACGUACCGCCAAGCGAUUUAGCGUUCCGGUACGAUGCCGUGUAGAAACCAAUGUGGAUUUUCAUCCUCCUCCUAACAAGUUAGCCCGCUUCCAUUUUAGACUGCAUCAUCACUUACCAUCAGUUGAGAUUGUACUCAAGGGCUCUACUUGUAAAGAAUUUAAAAAAAAAAUAACUUCGUAGCGUAGCAGCAAUGGGUUAGCGCCUUUCAUUUGUUUGUACUUUAACUAAGGUACCUAACAUUAAACAGUUUGUUACUUGAUGUUAUAAAUGUCUAUCUAUUAAAAAUAUUUUCUAAUA